UCGAAGAGAAGGGUGCGUGUACGUGUCCGUCGCGUUCGUCCGUCGAAUAUAUCGCGUCAAGUGCACGGUGGAGAGAAAGAUCGCUUCGUUAGGUUGGAUUUAUUUAUUAGAACACGGGCGAGGCUUCCCUAACCAACGAAUUCUAAGCCAAGCUAUUGUUGCAGUGAGUUUGCCAAGAGCUGCCAAGAGCAUCGCCAAGUGUCUCCAGGCCGGUCAGGUGUCGAACACCGUGUACAAUUGUGUGACGUGCAGUGUGUCUAGUGUAAGCCGGCUUACUUAGACCUAGUGGAAAAGAAACGGUAGUGAAGCGUGUGACAAUAAUCCUUAUCGUAAUACGCUCAUUAAAUUUGAAUAUUUGUUGGUUCUCACGAGUGUGUCGGUGGAAGAAAGUGCUUUUCGUGCGACGUGAAAUUGGAGUUGUACCGGUGUAGAAUUAUCAUUCGGUGGAUUACGUUGAUAGUUGUGAAAAUUUAUUCCAGUUUGUGUGUCUUCCCUCACUACAACGACCGCAAAAGAGGGCCAGUUAAUAAUUUCUCAAAUUCUGCCGCUAUACAGCAUCGCAUAAUCUCACGAAAGCUCCGAUUCCGCGGGAAGUGAUAAAGAUAGUAGAUUAAUUGCUUGAUCGCGCAUCUUCGAUCGCAGGAAACGCUGUGUGGUUUGGUGGUUGUUUGUGUGAAAAGUAAAAAAAAGGAAGAACUACCCAUGCCCCUAGGGCUGUGCAAGAGGAAGGAAAAACAACAUAUUGUCCGCGUGUAGUUCCAAGUGUGGUGUGUUUUGUUGGCCUUACGUCUGUGGCCAAUUGGCUGUGCCAAGGGUAGAGCGAAAAUAAAAAAAGCGGGCCAGCAUAACCAGCACGAGAUUUGCCGUCGGCAAAUUGGGGAUACCGAACCGAUCUCGCUGGGUCUGCUGCUGCUGCGAGACGAUCGUGAUUUGAUUUCCGUGAAUCGAGGUUUACUGCUCGCUGGCUAAACCCUGUGUUCCCUUCCCAACGGUGUGUUGAUUAGCAUUCGACGCGCCCGCUGUUGGUUUAUUAGGCGCAUUGCCGGCAAACAAGUGCAAAACACUCACGUGCCGUUUUUAACGAGGAAAACUAAUUACUUGACGAGAUAUAUUUUCCCAGCUGAGCGAAAAAGAAAAUUUGUGUCAUUACACCUGUAAUUUCGCAGUGCCGGGUGGUAUUGGUGUGCCGAAUCUGUAUGUGUCUGUUUGAGUGUGUGGCAGCAAACUGCCAUUCCUGAAAGAAAGUGGGUACGCUAACAACAAACAAAAUACAUCCAGCCCUAGUGGAGCACGCCCGGUAGCUAACCAAUUCAUGAUGACGAGUGCGUUAGUGUGCAAAUGUGACCCGAAAUGUUUCGCCCGGUGACGGUGCAAUUGUGAAAGGCCAGUUUUUUUAAAUAGUGCGCACGCAACCGGUGCAAGAGGCUUGCGAUUGAGCCAGUAGGCGGUGCAUUUCGACGGUGCAACGCGCACCCAGUUUGAAAGCAAUUUCCCCCAAAAAAAUAUGACGGGAGGCCCCCGGGGCGGCUGUAGCGCGUGAAAGUGAAUUAAAGUGAGAUCGCUGUUGAGUGUGUGUGCGUGUGUGUUUGUGUGUGCGCGGUGCUAGUGAUGAAAUAUCUUGCCACGCUCAGUGUCCUUGCAAGCACCUUCGAAGGAGUAACUAUAGCACCCGGUGAUACGCUCUCACUGGACAGGAACCCGAUCCGACUGAAAGCCAGUCGCGCCUGAUAAGCAGUAGCAGCGCGGCCGCCGACGCGAACUAGCGUGGCGUCUGGGGUACGCAGGAACAACGCGCAACAGUGCUACGCAGCGAAGCCGCGCAGGAAAACGGCGAAAAGAUGGGAAUCGGCGACCUCCGCUCGUGGACCAGCGUCGUCGUCGUUAUUCUCACCCUCAUCUCAAUGGUAUCGUCAUCCGGCUUCUUUGAACUGCAAAUACUGGAGAUUUCAAACACCAACAGUCAUCUACUGUCAGGAUACUGCUGCGGUUUGCCACCGGAGAAACGACAGACCCAAACGACAGGAUGUCCGGCAUGUGCGACAGCGUUCAGCUUGUGCCUGAAGGAGUACCAGGGAACGACGUCAAGCGUACAGCAACAGCAGCAGCAGCUGAAACAGCCGGCCGUAGCCGUGGAACCGCAACCGUCCGGCCUUUACGGCUGUGCGUUCGGUAACGCCAGCACACCGGUGCUGGGUGGGUCGAGCUUCGUCCUGACCGAUCCGGAAGUCGGUGGCAUCACAUUACCCUUCACCUUUCGCUGGACGAAAUCGUUCACACUUAUCCUACAAGCUUUAGAUAUGUACAACGAGUCAUAUUCAAUUUCGGAGCGGCUCAUAGACGAAACAUCAUUUUCCGGCGUUAUUCUACCGUCGCACGAUUGGAAUACAUUAGAUCACAUAGGCAAGAGCGCACGAAUAACGUACCGUGUACGUGUGCAGUGCGCUGAUAACUAUUACAACACGACCUGUACGACGUUUUGUCGGCCCCGAAACGAUCAGUUCGGGCACUAUACCUGCGGCAAGCAGGGCAACAAAGUGUGUAUGCCUGGCUGGCAGGGAGCUAACUGUGAGAAAGCAAUCUGCAAGCCGGGAUGUGACCAAAUACACGGCAAAUGUGACCAACCGGGCGAGUGCGAAUGCCGACCCGGAUGGCGUGGUCCACUGUGUAACGAGUGCAUGGUGUACCCGGGCUGCCGCCACGGCUACUGCAACGGAAGUGCAUGGCAGUGCAUCUGUGAUACGAACUGGGGUGGAAUCCUCUGCGAUCAAGAUCUCAACUACUGCGGCACGCACGAGCCGUGCAUGCACGGUGGCACGUGUGAAAACACGGCACCGGACCAGUACCGGUGCACGUGCGCCGAAGGACUCUCGGGCACCCGGUGCGAAAUCGUCGAGCAUCCGUGCGCGCCUCAACCGUGCAAAAAUGGCGGCACUUGUACGCUAACCGGAAACGACAAAUCGGCUGCCGUCGCUUCCUCCACCGUUGCUUCCAUCGUAGUGCGCGGGAUGCGCGGCAUGUCUUCGAUGGGCAAACCGUUCGGACGUAGUGCUGCCGGUGCGGGCGGCGGUUCCUCCGCCGGUUCCGGCUCCGGUACGCUCGACUCGAAGGAUCAAGCCAAGUCGGGCUCCUCGUCGUCUUCCGCUGGGCUUCCGGCACCAUCCGCCGGUGGUCCCCAGCCAAUGAAAGAUUUCGUCUGUACCUGUGCACCCGGAUGGACGGGGCCGACUUGUGAGAUAAAUAUCGACGAAUGUGCCGAUGCACCGUGCCGAAACGGUGGCACUUGUAUCGAUCUGAUCGGCAAGUUUCGCUGCGAAUGUCCACCGCAGUGGACCGGAGACACCUGCCAGAACGAUGUCGAUGAAUGCGAGUCGAACGUUGCGUCCGGCCUGGGACCCUGUAUAAAUGCGGAAUCGUGUCGCAAUCUGCCCGGUUCGUUCCAGUGCACCUGCCUGGAGGGUUGGGGCGGUCCGACCUGCGCCAAGAAUCUGGACGACUGCGUUGGCAAGUGCAAGAAUGGCGCCACCUGUAUCGAUCUGGUCAACGAUUACCAUUGCGCUUGCUCCGUUGGAUAUACAGGUCGCGAUUGCAGCACCGACAUCAACGAGUGUGCCAACUUUCCCUGCCGUAACGGUGGCGAAUGUGUCGACUUCAUCGGUAACUUCAAGUGCAUCUGCCCGCUCGGAUUUUCGGGCACGCUGUGCGAGGAGGCCAAAGAUCAUUGCGUAUCGUCACCGUGUAUCGAGGGUCAGUGUUUGAACACGCCGGGCGGCUACUACUGUCACUGUCCGCCCGGUCGCGCCGGCCGUCACUGCGAGUUUCCGCGCGUACCCUGCGAAAAGGGUGGUCCCUGUGCAAACGAAGCUGGCUGCACGAUGCCAACCAGCAACGAUACGGCGAUCUCCGGCGGCCCAAUCGUGGUACCGAUUCCGUGCAGCGGCCGCGGCAAAUGUGAGUCCGGCCCGAUGGGGACGAGCUGUGUCUGCCAAAGCGGAUUUACCGGGCCAUUCUGUCAGCAUAAUGUCAACGAGUGCACCUCGAACCCGUGCGCCAACAAUGGCAUUUGCAUCGACGGCGAGGGAGACUAUUCGUGCGAGUGUCAGCCGGGCUGGACGGGGAAGACGUGCACGGAGCGGGCGAUCCAGUGUCUGCCCGGCCAGUGCCUCAACGGGGGCUCCUGCAUACCGUCCCAGUUCGGGGGAGCUCCGCACUGUCGCUGCACGCUCGGCUGGGGCGGUCCGUUCUGCAGCGAACCGCUCGACCAGUGCCAGGGCCAACCGUGCCACAAUGGGGGGACCUGCGAGUCCGGACCGGGCUGGUUCCGGUGUCUCUGUGCGAAGGGGUUUUCCGGCCCGGACUGCCGCAUUAACGUGAACGAAUGUUCGCCACAGCCGUGCCUGGGUGGGGCAACGUGCAAGGACGGCAUCGGAGGGUUCACCUGCAUCUGUCCGGUCGGGCGGCGUGGUGUGCGGUGUGAGAUUCUGCUCUCCGAUCCUUCGUCCGUGUGCUCAAACACGACCACCAACUCGCCGUACGAUCCACUGGUCAGCAGUGAUUCGCUCAGCAAACCGAAGGGCGAUGGUGCUGCUGCGUCACAAGCGCCAUCCGAUGAAACGAACUGCAAUUCGUGCAUCUGCGUGAACGGAAAACCGCGCUGCUCGAACCUUUGGUGCGGGUUGAACAACUGUCUCAACCGGAACCAGUCCAGCGGGGUCGGAUCGGGUUGCGAAAGCCACCAGGUGUGUGUGCCGACAUCGCAAGAAUCCUGCCUAACGCCACCGUGCCAACCGCGGGGUGAUUGCCGGACGUUUGAGCCAUCCAGACGGGUGGCGCCUCCGAAGAUACCGGCCCCGACCGACUGCUGGCCAAAUCAGGCUACGCUUGGGACGGCCUGUGCCCGCAUUUCGAUACUGCUCGAGUUGAACCGACUCGUCCGGGGCACCUCGGUGGACGGACUGUGCCAUCUGCUCCGGCUGCAACUCGGCGAAAAGCUGAUCAAAAAUCCGUCCUUUGACGUGUCCGUCUUCAUAGUCGUACUGUGUGAUCUCAAAGCUGGAACCAACGACACGAUUGAAGUGACACUGUCAACCCCUACCGAUCCCGUCGGUGGUGCCUCGAGCCUAACGGAGGCAGUACGCCUGCUGGCGGAAAUACUCUCCCGCCAGCAGGGCGUCCAGAACGAUUCCUUCCAGACGGAUCUGGUCGAGGCCGCCCCGCUCACCUCGAUACUGGAGGUGAAGGUUGAAACGGCCCUGGUGAACGAGGGCAGCACCGGCUCCAACUACCUGAUCGCGGUCGGCUUUGGCAUCGCGAUCGUGGCCCUCUGUCUCGGUGCCGUCGUAGCGCUGCUCUGGCGCCAGAAGGUGCACUCGCACAGCGGCUCCGGCACGAACCUGUCGCCCCAUCUCGACCUGUCCCGCGGCAUGGACGAGGAAAAGUCCAACAAUCUGCAGAACGAGGAAAACUUUCGCCGCUACGCGAACCCGCUCAAGGCGAGCUCGAGUUCGCUGCGCGGCGCGAUGGAGCUGAGCUUAAACCCGGCGCCGGAGAUUAACCAGAUCGCCGGCCCCAGCUCGGUGCAUCACCGAUCGCAGCAGCUCUACCCGCCCUGCACGCCGGACGGCGCCGAGUUCGAGAAGGAUCCGGACAAGCAGAAGGCAGCCAACCGCAACUCGCACAUACUGCUGCACAAAACGCAGAACGCCGACAUCAUGACGAAAAACAUUGUCGGCGCGAUCGACAGCCAGCACAAAGACUUUGGCAAGCGAUCGAUCAACGAUCACACCGCAUCGUCGGCGGCGGCGAACGUGAGCGGCGUGGCCGCCAGCGGGACGCAGUCCGUCGGUGCGACCAGUGGGACAGUGGCGGCACACCCCGUGCCGGACGCCCCGGCCGCCGGCAGUACGCUGGCGCCCGAAUCGGACGUCCUGACGGUGCACGUGUAGGUGUGGCUGAUGGCCCGUGUCCAUCACGCUGCUACAAGCAAUCCUUAGCCUAAAUAGUAUCGCUGGAGAGCACACUGGAUGACAAGGGGAGCACCAGAAGAUCGACAGUUCAUUAUUUUAUUAGCUUAUUUUUAUACAUGAGUAACUAAUUUAUUAUUCGCCAAUGCGCUUCGCUCGUUUGUUAACUGUCUGUCUCGUCUAUCUAGUGCUUUGUUGUACAUAGCUCUAUCCCCCAUUACACGAAGUAGAGCCGCAAUCGAAAGGAGGGCAACCGCGGAACAUUUCGAUAUUCGGCGAUAUUCUUACGUUCGGACAUCCCUUAGGCAGGAGAGCAAAAACGCCCAUUUUUGUUGCUGUGCAAGUACACGUCAUCAACCGCAUUGCACUGCACGAGCUCGUACGCACAAUUCCGAGCUAGUUAGACGCUAGUGGUGGCUUGUUAGCCAUCAAAUGUAAAAGAAAGGACGAUUGAGCAAGCUGUUGAACGAAUUCUCUUCUUCCGAAACACACGGUUUCAGAUUCUCACGCGAUCGAUUCCACACGCGUAUAUACUACACCGUAUGCCUUCUAGCUCAAGCAUUAUUUCCUACAAGCCGUACGAGUGGGGAAAACACUCCUGCCCCUCCUGUGUAGCAGUGUCCAACGAAGUGGCACAUCCUUUGCUUGGACAGAAGAGUUAAAUUGUAAUGUGAUAUUAAAUAAGGGAAUCCAGCGAGGGAUAGAGAGUUGUUUUUUUUUUGUAUUUGUUCGCCUUUAGGGAUAGCAUUUAGGGCCAUCUAGAGAGUAGGUACGUGCGAAAAAGGGCCAGCCCCAUUUUCUAACCUUUGCCCACAAAACACAAAUCUAGGCUCACGCGGUAGCGAUUCAACGCGAUCAGUCGGCAAGCGGUUGGUCGGUGACAUCCCCCAACGGUCACUAACGGCCAACUAUCUUCUGCCUGCCAUUUUGCCGUUUUUGUUUGUUUGAUCUUUUUUUAUCGCGAAACCCCCGAAGAUGGGCUCGGGAAAUUGUACAUGGGAGCGCUGGCAUACUAGUUAGGGCUAGGUUUUAGCGGAAUAAAUAGUUCCUUGUUUAGUGUUGUUUGUGAGUGUACAAUUAAGUAGCAAGCAGAGUAGGUUUAAGCAUUAAGGGCAGUUGAAAGCGCAUUCCAGCAGCAGCAGUAGCAGCAGCAGCAGCAGAAGAAGAAGAAGAAGCAGCAACAUGUACAUUAUUGCAAAACUCGAAAACAUUAACUCAAAACUAUGACAAAAUGUACUCAACAUUAUUUAAAUGCGUAGCGUAGGGCAAAAUUGCAGAGGAAUAGAAAAAAAUGGUGAAUCAAACGAACGAUUGUGUGCAGAUUGUGUAAAUAUUGUAAAAAAGACAACAAAGAUUUGUGAGCGAAACGACCAUAAAACAACGAAGGAAUCUCGUCAAAAUGCCGUCAAUUUUAAAAAAAAGUACACACAGUGCGGUAUGGUUUAAGGAACAAUCAAACGGCCAAUCCCGAUAGGAAGGAAGGAAGGUAAAACGUUUAGAAAAGAAAGUAGAGACAUCACACAAUAACACAACACAUUCCAUUUUAACGACAAACAAACGGUCACGAAUGCGUACGUGGCCCGCCCAGCGUCAUACGAUCGGUAGUACAUAGUACUUAAAGCUUAAGACGUCUCAGCACCCGCUUUCCGGAAGGGGGGCUAGCAGACUCGUUAUUACAUUUCAUCUGUUCAUCGUUUCAUUAUCGUUCAUCCUCUCAUGCAAACGGCAUCACAAACAAGUAGCAAAACAAACAAACAAACAAACGAUCAGCACUAGGAAGAAGAAUCAGGCAAUCCGAGGUAACGUGAGAAGCAAGAGGGCACACAAGGAUGUGCAGAAAACAGGAAGCAAUAAACAUAUUAUGAAAUUGAAAAUUCAAACCUAACUCCGUA